AUGGAGAGUUCCAGUCCGGAAGGACAAAGACCUAGUCAGAACUCAGAAUCAUUUAAUGUGAAUACCACGUCUAAUCAUUGCAUAGAAACUACCGGGCAGCACGUUACAGUUAGAGGAUGUGCAUUGGACAGCGGCACCUUGACCACAGAUACAGAAAUUAUUAGAAUGUCACAUUGCGGAGGAUUCUAUUUCGACGACAAGUACGUCGACGGAUGUUUGCAGAGUUGCGACGACGCGGACGGUUGCAACCCCGCAUCUCCACCCAAGUCUCUGGACAUGACGCUGCUGAUGAUGUUGGUCGUGAUGCCGCUCAUCGUCCGCUUCAUGCCACACGAAUUGGCACCGGGCGCGUGACAACUGCUCGUGCGCGAAUGUAUAAUACCGUAGGUGUAUAUUUUUUUGAAAAAAAAAAUACUUGCYCGAGGUCGUUCUGGCGCGUUUUUUAACGACCAGACCGACGGCAAACACGCGACGAUCAAUUAAACGGGGUGCCUUGUAUAUAUGUAUACGAUGUAUUAAUGACACAAAGCCGCAAYAAACAUCAAAUUUCCACCCUGCCCACCCAACCGCUCACGAAAACCCGGUACGAUACAAUAUCCCCGUCAUUAUACUGUCUCCCUUCACUGACCAAACACAAGAAAACGGACGACGUCGAGUGGUUUGUAUUCAACUUGUAACGCGCUUUUCGCGUGAAUUGUUAAUUAUUACUAUUAUUCAUUAAUUAUAGCUAUAGGUAGAUCAUAAUAUUAUUAUUAUAUUGUAACAAUUUAUGUAACAUGACAUAUCCCAGUUGAGCAUAUCUUACUGAUGAAACUAUUUCCAUUAAAAAAACACUAUUAUUAUGUAGAUUAUAUUAUA